AUGCGCCCUCUCGUCGUCUUCGAGGUUUACGAGAGCGUUUCGAGUACUGACAUGUUCAAGGGUAUGAUUCUCUUCAUCUUUGCUGCUGUUCUGGUGGCUGCCCUCCCUGCCACCAACGCUACAUCUCAGCUGACAACCCGGGGGAUCUUUCAUCAAGCAUACGACAUCGAAUGCAAGCGCCCGAUGAUGCGCCUCUAUGACAUGGCAAUACUGAUAUCCGCAUGCAAUACUCAGAUCGAGCAGGCCGCCUGCAAGACCCGGGGUGCAGGUCCCGAUCCUGUGGAAUAUGCGCAAGACGAUCUUGAGCCAGCAUCAGUCACGGUGGUGCUCGACUACAGUGGCUUCAUUGAUGCAGACUUCCGAAUGGCCAAAGGCAUGAGCCACCUCUCGCUGUCCACCUUCAGAUGGCCAAUUGCAAUCAUCACGUUUCUCGUCUCGGCUCGCUCGCUCAAUCUGCCGCUUUAUCAUUCGUGCUGCGAAGGCUGGAUGGAAGUUCACGUUGGAUUACAUCUCGACGAACGCAAGUCGGCACCCAGUAUCGCACUCUCAGACGAGGGCAGCAAGCCAAACGUCGUUGCGACCCAGAUGUGCACGCCGUUGUACGAAGAUUAUGAAGGCGCUUGCGCGCUCGUGCCCGGCAGACCGCCUGCGCAUACUCAGUGCACCGUCCUGGAGGCCGAUGUCCGUCUCGAUGCCAUUCCAACGGCGGUCACUCACAGUCUUGCUUGGUCCAGGUACGGCAACCCUUUGCGUUCGAUCGAUAGGGCGCAUUGCGACGGCGCUAGGAGGAGAUGGCACUGUCUCCUCGCUUCCUUUCCAUGUUUGAUUGCAACAAGCCGCAUUCAAUGUUCCAGCUCGCUCGAAGCUCACAGGCGUCUGCUCGCAACAGGGUAUGUCGCUGUACGUUCCCCAGCCAGCAAUGCUCUUGUCCGUCGUUCACAGAUUGGCAGGCAAAGUGCAUCGUCGACAAGACCGAGCUCGACUUUUUGA